UCCAUGAUUAGGGUCAUUCAAUCAUUGUUUUUUGGCUUUACUGGGCAAUCAAGCUUGCUAGCGUUAAAUUGUGAACUAACCAUCAGCUAACAUUAAUUAGCAAACGUUAGCUAACGUUAUAUAAGAUAGCCAACAUCAUCACCAGCAUCACCAGCAAUGUGUCGUUUGUUGUGCCCUUAUCUUUGGAUGAAUGAGAAAAAUACAUACAAAAUAUCGCUAAUAUCGUGUCAGUUCAGGUUAAUAACGGAGUUUUCUUAACUAACGUUAACUAGUUCAACCAGGCUCAAUCUGCCUGCCUGUCUCCAUCAAUACUGUAAAUAGCUUCGUCAAGAUGCAGCUGAUCAGAAAGCCACCAGCACCAUGGCAACUUCACAGUCAGCCUUCGCAUUUGCAGUUUGUAUCCUGAUAAUAACAGAGUUAAUACUGGCCAAAAAGGACUACUAUGACAUAUUGGGAGUGCCGAAAGAUGCCAACGAGCGUCAGAUAAAGAAGGCUUUUCACAAGCUGGCUAUGAAGUAUCACCCAGACAAGAACAAGAGCCCAGAUGCUGAGACAAAGUUCAGAGACAUUGCUGAGGCAUAUGAAACAUUGUCAGACGAGAAGAGGCGACAAGAGUAUGACCAGUUUGGACAUGGCACAUUCCAUAACGAUGGAACCAAAGGCAGAAACGGGCCAAACGUCCACCAGCCCUUCAACUUUGGCGACAUGUUCAAGGACUUUGAUAUUUACAGCCAGAACCGGCACGCCCGUCACAAGAGGCACUUCGAGGAUCACUUCCGGGCCCACCAGGAGGCCCAUCACAGCAGACACAAGAGACACUCCCAGGGUGCUUUUGGAGCAGCAGGUGGUGGUGGCUUUGACGGCAUGUUUAACGACAUGAAGAGGUUUACUUUUCACAGGGAUACUACUAAGCAGACUGAGAGCAGGUUUCAGAGUACUACCGCGAAGCAACACUGCAGAACAGUGACACAACGCAGGGGGAACAUGGUCACCACGUACACUGACUGCACUGGCUCCUGAGGACAGGGGCAACGUCCGUAUCCACAUCACUUGGGUUGUGUUCAUCAGGCAUGAAAUGGAAGAAUGCGGUUUGAAAUGGGGAGUUACUAUCUGAACCAAUUGUGGCUGAUGGGAGGAGCUAUUGGAGGACGGGCUCAAUGUAAUGGCUGGAAUGGAAUUAAUGGAACGGUAUCAAACACAUG